CCGGUAUUCCCACCGCCACCGUGUCAGAAUACCGGGCCGGCUGCUCGGCUCUUCUCUGCAGCAGAACCUUACCUGUUCUUUGGUUCAGCACUCGCUUCUCUCGCAUGCACAGUCUGCAGUCUCUUGGUCAUCCCCUGUACUGUCAGCAGUCUCUGGUCAUCCCCUGUACUGUCAGCAGUCUCUGGUCAUCCCCUGUACUGUGUCUGCAGUCCCUGGUCAUCCCCUGUACUAUGUCUGCAGUCUCUGGUCAUCUCCUGUACUAUGUCCGUAGUCUGUGAUCAUCUCCUGUACUGUGUCCGCAGUCUCUGGUCAUCUCCUGUACUAUGUCCGCAGUCUCUGGUCAUCUCCUGUGCUAUGUCCGCAGUCUCUGGUCAUCUCCUGUACUGUGUCCGCAGUCUCUGGUCAUCUCCUGUACUGUGUCCGCAGUCUCUGGUCAUCUCCUGUAGUAUGUCUGCAGUCUCUGGUCAUCUCCUGUAGUACGCCCCCAGUCUCUGGUCCAUCUCCUGUACUAUGUCCGCAGUCUCUGUUCAUCUCCUGUACUAUGUCUGCAGUCUCUGGUCAUCUGCUGUACUAUGUCUGAAAUCUCUGGUUAUUUCCUGUACUAUGUCUGCAGUC